AUGGCGCAAAUUGUUAGUGUUUCCCUAGUCCCACAAGCUGCGGUGUCCCCCGCCCCCUCCAACAACUCCACCACCGUGACCUCGGCGAGUGCGAAGUCUUCCGGGUCCUCCUCCUCGGCUAGCUCCGCUAGCUCCAGCGGCGCUGCCGCCAUCGGCGCUGUUGCCAACCCUGUCUCCUGGAAGUACGGCGCUGCUCUGGGUGUCGCCAUGAUCGGCUCGUUCGCCUUGGGCGCUUUAUAA